UGGGCGAGCCCGAGCACGUUAAGAUGUUUUUUAAAUUCUUCCAGUUACUGUGGAAACCUUGAGUCUCCGGGAGGAAGGUGGUGUCCCGUGCCCUUGUGCAGACAUUUCUGUUCGGGAGGAUGACACCCUGACUCAUGCAGAGGAAAAGAAGAGCCCCGUUGCAGAACACAACAGGAAGACGUUCAGCACUGCUCUUUGCCAGGAUGACACCUGCAGGGCUGCCGCAGGAGUGGAAGUGAGCCACAGGCUGGAUGGGUAGCGCUGAGAAAACUGCAUUGCUGUACAAAUCUCACGCCAAACCAGAGCACCAUUUUGGCUUCCAUUCUCCUUUUCUGACACCUGUAGGUAUACUCAUCAGAUGCUUUCUGUGAUCUUUAUCUGUGAAUCUGCUCAAGCAAUUCCUUCCUAAACUCACUUUAGGAACCGCAUCUUGGUCCUUGUACUGCUUUAACUCCCAGAGAAAUAAUUAAAUAACAAGACCGUAUAACCUACUGAAAACAUAAAAUGACUGAAUUCCUGGUUUGUUUUAACUGGUGCAAUGGUGAACAACCCCAGCCGAAGAGGCGUCGGAGACUGGACCGGAACAUGAUAGGAGAACCAAUGAACUUCGUCCACAACGCGCAUGUUGGGACAAGAGAGAUGAGUAGUGACUUUUCAUCAACUGCAUCAAUUCAGGACCACAUGAAGUCUAAAGGUGGUUACACAAAUAGCACUUCAGCAACUGCUGAGCUAUAGGAAAUGGAAAGAAGUCUGACAUUUGCCCUGUCUUAAGAAGAUCUCCUGGACUGUGCUUUCAUAUUCUCUAAAGCCUCUUUAUCAUGAAGUAGAGAGAGUACUUGAAUUAUAAUAGGUCAGUGCGAGCUUUUGCGUUCUUUGCACAAUAGCUUCUGAAGGAGUUACUGGAAAUUAUCCUUAAAAACAGUCUGUCGUGGUAGCAACAGUAAUUUGUCACUGGAUGACUUCCUGGCUGUAUUCCAAAAACCUCAAAGUCGUCUUGUAGGAUGGGACUGGAAGUUGGCAUGAAUUGUCUGGGGUUUUGUUAUCUCUCUGUCUCUUCCCCUCAAGAAACAAGACUAAUUUUUAAUUGGAAGAUAACAUAUUUGUACUUCCUACGUGGGCUAAAUUGAAUAUCUAAGUAGGGUCUGUAACAUAACUUUUGACCUAAUUUUUGGAUGGCUUACAAUUUAAGGCAUUAAUUUACUGAGUUAUGCUUUAGUAUUUUUCUCCAUGACUUUCAAUAGCGAACCAACUCUAAUGUGAUGUAACUAGCUGAGUCUGCAAAACCCAGUGAAACUUCUGCCUUUCUGUGAUAACGCUGUUGUAGCUUAAAAAACAGGUUUUGCAGACCUACCCACUUAGAAAAACAAGCAUUUCUCUCAGUUACUGGCCUGCCUCCCCUCUAUAUGUGCACUAGUAUAACUGACAGGUAUUAUUAAUACAACAAAACUAAUAUCAGGUAUCAGUUAAUUUGAAGUGGUGCUACAGUAUGCUCACAACUUUAUGCUAAUUUUGCAUGAAUACUAUUGAAUUUUAAGCUAAAUACAUUUAAGAGCUCCCGGUAUUACCUAUCUGUAACAAUAACUGCACGGAACUGGAAGGGGUAUCUCUUGCUUCUGUCUCUUUAAUUUCGAAACUAUUUUCUUAGAUGAACUGAAGUCUUUCUUAUAUAUGAUUUUAAAUGAUAUGGGUGAAAUAAAGUAUAAUUUAAAUGAUAGAGUCAGGAGAAUAUUAAAUGGAAACUGUCUCUUAGAGUUCCAGUGCUUUAUAAAUAUGGAUAUUUAGCCAUACGCAACCUACAGUUUAUUUCUUACAUCACUUAAUAGAAAAACUAAUAAGAACUGACAAAACUGCUUAAAUAGAGAUUUUCCUUUCAUCACAUCAUUGACAACUGUUCUAACUUAAAAUUAUGACUGUCAGUGCAGAAACUUGUGAAGUUUGCUGUUGUGGGAUUAACUAAAUACAACUGUUUAAAUUACUGCCGAGUCAGCACCAGUUAUACCCAAAGUCAGUGCACCUCUCCCUUUCUUGCUCUAGGCAUAAGAUCAUCCAUUAAACUUUUUUCAUGAAAAACAAGAAACCAAAAGAUUUGCCAGCUAGAUUUUUGGAAGGCAGAUUUUUAACUUCAAUUAUUAUGUUUGUGGCUUAUGAUACUUUUUUAAACUGGCUUUGCUUAAGUCUUAGGCUGCCUAUUCUGAGUAUAUUAGGUAACUUAAAACGAAAAAGGUAGGUUUCUGUAUGCAUUAUAAAAAGAAAUAUUUUCCCCAUGCUUCCUUCCCAUAUUUCAUCUUUAAGGGCCAAAGAGGAAGAGAAUGCUACUUUCUGUAGUAGUCAACAGCUGAUCAUUGCAUUCAGCAACCACAUAAAAGAGUAAAAGAGAAAUCUAAUGCCCCACAUCUUUCUAGAUCCUCGUUUUUGAAUUAAAUACAUGCCAUAUUUUAAUACCUUUUAAAAUUUGCACAUUAACUGUAAACGUAGCUUUUUAAACACUUUCAUAUUUUUGUCUUCUAACUUCAGACUUAUUCCAGCAACCUAGUUAGGAUGCAGAGUUCAAAGAAGUUAAAUCCUGUAUACUGUUGAGGAAGCAUAAAGUGGCCAAAUUAUUCUUUAAAAAUACAUUCUAAUUCAUGUGCUAUUAAACUGAAUUCAUGUAUUCAUUAGUCCAUACCUGCCAAGAAAAAAUAAACAUAGGACAGCUGUGAUGAAGAAAAUGGGUUAUAUUUUUCUUAACACUACAAGAAAACAAGCUAGAGAGUUAGUAUUUCCUGAAGACUCAUUCAGUAUAUUUAAGAACAGAGUGGUGUGUGCAUGACUACAAAUAAAGAAGUUGGGGAUCAUGAUAGUUCUUCUUGCUAUAAAUAAAUCAACAGAGAUAAUUUUGUUAUUCAGCUUAUUUGUAGAAAAAACCUACUCCUGAUUCUGUAAACCAAACAGCAUUACCUAGCGUAAAAGUGAUAUUCAUCAGACUACACAGUAUUAUCUAGGACUACAUUAAAAUUAACCAAGUAGUCAUAUUAUUAAAAAAAAAAAAGAAAUAAAAACAUGUUUAGCUAUUGCAUUAAGUGCCGCUACUUUUUAAAUGUAAACAACCAUAAAAGGAUGUCUCAGGUAUUUUCUUUGUAUAAUUAGAAGCCUUAUUUAGCUCUAGUCUGUCAUGUAACUCAAUAUAAACCUAUCUAGGUUAUAAUAAAUCUGUUGAACAAGGCACUUGCACUCUUUUCAUAUUGUCAAAAUCUUGAUAUUUUUCUCUGCAGUGAAGAUGUAUUGGUCUGGUGGACGAAUCAGCAUGGUUUGAAACUUUAUUGUGCAAAAUCACAUUUCUCCACUAGAGAGCACAAUUUUCCAUCAAGCCUCUGUCAACUGCUCUAUACAGGCUGUUCAGUGUGGGGUUGGUUUUUUGUUGUUGGGGCUUUUUGUUUAUUUUAUUCCAGUCAAGUUGAAAACAGAAAAUGAUACCGAAGGGUCAAACCUCUUAAUCUACCUUGUAGGUUGUGACAACCUUACACCAACAACGCAAUGUGGCAAUGAAAUGUUACUGCUAUGACUUGAUGGAAUUUUUAUGGUCUCUCUUCAUAGUCAGAAAUAAAGUAGCUUACAAGGGGUAUAGGAUUGUCUUCUGUAUGUAGUCUGCCAGAAUCUCAUCACUCUAUCUGUUUGUCUUUUUUACGUGUUUUUUUUUUUUUUUUUUUUUUAAAGGUAAAGGGGUAGGGGGGAAGUAGGUCUUUAUUUUUAAACAUUGUCUUACCUUGUGAUGUCCCUGGUAGGCUUUACUGACUGUACCAUACUUUUGCUUAAACCUGUAGUCAGUAUUGAGAAAAGGUAUUUUGAUUUUUCACAACCUAAUAUGUCCUUUAAUCUCCUGGAAUGGCUUUGUAAAGAAAGUGGUGUCAUGCUAUGUUCCGAGUUAUCCUGUAAUAUGGCAACCUGUGACUCAGGCAUGUAGGGCUAGUUCUUUGUAUGGUCUCGCCAUUGUGGACUAUCACCUGCUUCUGUAACUUCCACUCUGUAUAGACAGUAAUUGUCUGAGAUUAAUAAAUACUUCUAACCUUA